UUUGUUUACCGGGAGCUCUGGAGCCGCUCGAGGGGCUGGUGGUAGACGAGCGCGCGCCGACAGUCCAGUUGCUCUCCCAUUAUCUUGAUGGAGACGCCAUCCCCAACAGACCGCCGCCAGGCCUGGGUACGAGGCAGCCGGCACUGGCUCCCCCUGGAAGAACCGGAUCCCCAGGGCUCACAGAGAUCCCUCACUUCACACACUGUCCACCAUGGAUGCUCGGAAGGAAAGAUUGAGAGCUGGCUCCGGGCCUGUGGGCCUUACCCAAGUCCAGAGGACCCAAUGCACCUGACGCCAGAACCCUUACUGAGACCAGGUGGCAGUUUUGAAGAUGACCUGAGUCUUGGUGCUGAAGCUCUGGCACUGAGUGCUCAAGACGAUGGAUCACAAAAUGAGUGUUGUCCUGUGCUUCUUCCCCCGCCCAGGCCACGCAACAAGGGCCAGGCCACCAGCACUCCCAGUCAGAAGCUCAGUGUACCUCUCCCUCACCUGGGCCAUAGCAUGGCCUCCAGCGGCCUCUCCUCCAUGACCAGCAGAACUGCCUCCAGUGUGACAGAAGUUCUACAACUGUACGUGGAGGACGCAGAGGACACGCUCUAUCAGCUGGGCUUCGGCUGUGACGAGCCACAAGUUACCGCCCGCAUCCCUGCCCGCUUCUUCAGCUUCCCCUCCCAGCUGCGUGGCAUCAACUUCAGGCUCUUCCUGGAGUCCCAGCUGGGACGUCUGCACCAGGAGGACCCAGGCCUCUCACUCGCUAGUCGUUUCCGGCAGGUGGAGGUGCUGACCGCCAUGGCCAAUGCCUUCUAUUCUCUGUACUCACAUGUGUCACGGACACCGCUCCAGAAGCUUGCACCUCCCGAUCUGAGCUUCUCCUCGUCACCAGUGGAGACAAAAAUUGGGCCUCGUUUCUUCAGCCACAUCCGUAGCGAGCCCAAGUCUCCGGUUGAGCGUCUGAAGGACACAGUCUCCAAGAUGUGCCUGUACACAGGCCCUUCGCUGCGCUCGCCCGACUCUGUCACCUCACACACCCCCCUCCUUAGGCAGUGCAGUCUUCCGGAUCUACCAGAGGCUGUCUUUGAAUGUGCUGCUUCAGAGCCAUCGCCAGGCAGGGUAACAGCUGACGGAAUCAGUGAUGGGGUGACAGAAACAGGCAUGGCUGAAAAGGGAGUGACAUGUGGGAACAGGGAAUGCGAGGGAUGGGGAGGUGAACAGGAUAAAGUAAAGCAAGAAGAGGUUGAGGGUAGUGACUGUAGGAGCUCUGGGAGAGCAGUUGAUCAGGUGGACACAAGCAACACUCAGAUGCUGCAUGAAGCUCAGGUCCUUCAGCUAGAAGCCAGAGAAGGCACAUCAACAUCUGCCGACCUGGAGCCUUUAACAAUCCCAAACCUCAGCUUUGAGACGGGCUCUUCAGAAUUUCCCUUAGAUCUUCCCAAGCAGACUCCUCGCAGCAUCAGUCCCAGCAAUGGCUUUCCUCGAGUAGCAAAAUUCACACAUGACGUUAUUUGCCCCCAAAUUGCGGAGAGUGUGAACCAGAUGCCGUUCAGUAGAGCUUUGCAGGUGAACAGGCCUGUUUCCCCCAACAUUCUAUCUCCUAAAAAGGAUCCCAGAUCUAAUGGACCCACAUCUUCUGUGCAACGCCACUGUGGCCUAAGAGAAGAGCCAGUCCACGUAGACUUGAGCAUCGAGACUCUUUCACACAAAUCACAAGCCAUGGGCAGUGAGAACAUUGUGACAGGUAUUUGUCCAGAUGGACCUGGACUUUCCACGUCCGUCUCUCUGCACCACCCGGACUUUGAGAGACAGAGAUCGCUGUGCCGCAUCACAGUGACUGGCUGGGAAGAGGAUGUUCUCUCUGAUGGUGCCACACGCCCAGCUGGAGGCUCCACCAGGGUCAGAGGCAUGGAGACCAGCCCCAUUCUGGGCUUGCAGAGCAACCGUAGCUACCUGAGUCCGUCAAAGCCACCAGCACUCGGACAAGCGCUGCAGAGCACCCAGCUGGCCAACUCCUUUGAGCUAGAAGAGGUGCCCAGUGCAGGGGAGGAGGACCCUGGACAACCAGAGUCUAAGCAGUUAAAGACACUGCCUCUUCUGACAGCUGUGGGUCGACACAGAGACCUGCUUAUUCGAGGGGACAGCCUGCAGUCGGACAGCAGUGGCUACGCCGAGGAGGACAACCCUCUCCCCUCUUCCCCCAAAAAAGACAGCUGUUGACACAUGCCUGAUGUACUUUAGAGUAGACAAGGACACAGUAUUCAGGUGGUGCUCUUAGGAGGAACAUAGGACGGGAAGUGAACCUGACCAUCCCUUUACCAUACCUUUGUCUACAGAGGUACCAGUUUUACUGUGGCAUAUUGCUCUUUUCUCUGUAUUAAGGGAACUGACAAGUAUAGUACCAGAUAUUUCUCAAUGAGACUGUAAACCUUGACAGCACAAGGGCUAGGUACAGCAGUGUCUCGGUGAUUUAAAACCAAGAUGCAACUUAAUUUUUGAGCCUUUGAACAUGCUUAAAUAUACCAAUGUGUUCUGGUGCACUGUAGAACCUGCCAUUACUUGCUAGAACUACAAGUUUUAAUUUAUUGAUACCCAUUUUUAAUAACUUUAAUGAAUACAGUUUACAAAGCAGCCUUGGUAAAGUAUAAAAUAAAUACAUGCAAAACUGGGAACAAUGAAGAGAUAUAAAAUUCAGUAAGCAAACCAAUGUGUACACCUGUGUCAUCUCAGUUGCAUUUGUUUUUGGACAAAGCAUGCAUGUCCCUUGUCAUCAACAGUUCAAAGCAGCAUAUUUUCAGUCAGAAUUUUGAUCAUUAACUGCAGACAACUGGAGCACUUAAACUAAAGAGAAAUCAUACAUUUAAUGGUUAAGAAGCAAGCUUUAGUAAGAAUGUACUUACAAUUACCUUUCAACUAAAAGUAAAAUUAAAACAUUAGGACCUUCUCCAUUUAUUGCAGCUUGACAUACAAAUACAAAAAGAGGUAGAUGACAAACAGUAAGCUGAUGUUUUCCAACAGGGGAUCAUUUAGAACACAGUUUAUAAAAAUCAGUUGUGUACUUAACAGUAUUACAAACAAAUCCCGUUUCAAUAAAACUUAGCCAACUGAAAUACAUUUAAUAGUACCAUCUACUGCUCAAACUAGCAGGUCAAAAUACAAAUUUCAUUU